UUGAGUAAGUGCCAAGCCUUUUCCCUCUGCAUUAUGUGGAUUUCCUGUGCAUUGUGUUUUUCGAUCUUCCUUUCCAUUUCCUUAAACGGAGAAUUGAUCGAAGACAAAAAGCCUUUGAAGCUAGAGGAAGAAGUUUAAUCUACGUAAUUUAGUUCUUGAACUAAAAGAUACCAUACAUUUUCAAGAAGACCGCAUUAAAGUUCUUGAAGAAAGAAGCCUCAAACUAGAGCAUGCAAACCGCGGUCAUAUCGCCAACAUUUCGGAUCUGAGACACAUGUAUGAUGCGUGUGUGACGUCACGUAAAGAAGGUGUACAUAUAGAGGGAUGCAGUAACACAUCAUCUCCCUCCAAAAGUACGUAAUGAGAAACAACAAGAGACUGCUUGCACCGUCCGUCACUACGUCAGAAGGCGCUGUCGCUUUUUACGCUUACAUGUCCACCAGUCUGAUAAAUCCCAGCAUGCAUCACACACUAAUCUUCGAAACGGCCAUCACAAACGUUGGCAACGGUUACCAUCCAAAUACUGGCGUCUUCAUCGUUCCCGAAUCCGGUCUCUACGUCUUCACCUGGGUCAUGAGAAUGUGGUCUAAUGCGAUACACGGCACAGAACUGAUGGUUAACAGGGCUGUCAUGGGUUCGGUAUUCCUGGUUUCACAUACGACGAGCGACCAUAGUGUAACUGGCGUGGUGGUCGUCCACGUCAGCCAGGGUGAUGACGUGUUCGUCCGUACCCAGGGAGAUAACAAUGGGGGAAACAUCGGCAGUGACUAUCAUGGAAAGUCCUCCUUUGCUGGUUGGAAAAUAAACUGACGCCUUUAUACAUGUAACACACACAAUAAAACAGUACGAUUUAAUUGUUAGAAUACUCA